UUAUCGACAAAUAUCGCCUGCAGAUGCACGUGUUGAUAUUUUAACAACGCAUAUUGGGUAAAUUUAAUCCAGAAAAUAUAAAGAAUAUAGAAAAUGGGUCGCUCGAAUCGAUCGCGCAAGCGUCGCGAUGAAAUGAACAAAAUCAAGAAGGAUCGCUACGAUGCCAAGGAGUUGAUACGCCUGAAGAAAACGCUGGGACUGCUGGAUGCCGAUGGCAAGGAAAUUAAAAUGGAAAUUGGCGAAGUGGCCGAAAUCAAGUCAGCCAAAGAUAUCAAAAAGGCAGCCAAAACGAGAGAGCAUCAGGAAUUGAUCUAUGAGCAUCAAGAGAGCCUGGAGAAGGGCAAGGAGAUUUUCCAGGUGAAUGAGAAAACGGGUGUGGAGCACGUCUACAACAGUAAAACACUCAAAGAUCAAUUUGGCAAUUAUCCUGCCUGGUUCAAGAAGAAGAAGACUGCAAAGCGUCUACGCAAAAAGCAGCAUGCACAAAAGAAGAAUUUCAAACAGGCCUGGACAACGGUUAAUGUGCCGCUCUAAAAAGGGAAAGGGCGAGCGAGAGAGAGGAUUAGUUGUUAAGCAUUAUAUACAUAUGUAGUAUAUAGGAAAUUUGUAACUGUAACUACAAAACAAAAUGGCGACUUAUUGUUAGCAAUAUAUGAGUUUGUAUUUUUGUAUUGCAUAUUAAAGCCUUAAAAAUUA